GGACAGGGCUGACUUCCGUGGCAGACGCGGAAGUGCAGGGAGGCCCCGGGAGCCGGGUCCGCUUGCCAGACUUCGGGCCCUGCUGUGCGCCUCGGGAACGUUCUGGAGAGGUUGAUUCCUAGAGGCCGCUGCCGUCAGCACAAACCAGACGAAGCCAGCGCGGGGGGCCUCUCCCCGGCCUAGGAGCCGAUGCCGGCCGCGCCCUGGAGCCCCCGUAGCGGGGCCGGACCAUGAGCCUGCUGGGCGGCCUGGCCUCCUCGCCGCGGACCCCGCUGCAGUCCAGCAAGGCCAGGAUGAAAAAGCUCCCGAAGAAGAGCCAGAACGAGAAGUACCGGCUCAAAUACCUGCGGCUGCGCAAAGCGGCCAAAGCCACGGUGUUUGAAAAUGCUGCUAUUUGUGAUGAAAUUGCUCGUCUUGAGGAAAAAUUUCUUAAAGCAAAAGAAGAAAGACGGUACUUGCUGAAGAAGCUCCUGCAGCUCCAGGCUCUCACGGAAGGGGAGCUACCAGCUGCUGCGCCUCCCCACAGCUCCAGUUUGCCCCUGCCUUACGGUGUGGCCAGCUCUGUGGGAACUAUACAGGGAGCUGGGCCCGUUUCUGGGCCUAGCACUGGGGCUGAGGAAUCAUUUGGGAAGAAAUCCAAGAAGGAGAAAAAAGAAAAAGGCAAAGAGAACAACAAACUGGAAGUUGUGAAGAAAACAUGCAAGAAAAAGAAAAUGGAGGGAGGUGCUCGCAAGCUGGUUCAGCCCAUUGCCCUGGAUCCCUCAGGACGGCCUGUGUUCCCCAUCGGACUGGGGGGUCUAACAGUAUAUAGCCUGGGGGAGAUCAUCACCGACCGACCUGGCUUCCAUGACGAGAGUGCCAUCUACCCUGUGGGCUACUGCAGUACUCGGACCUACGCCAGCAUGAAGUGGCCAGACCAGGAGUGUCUGUACACCUGUCAGAUCAAGGACGGUGGCUCGCAGCCUCAGUUUGAAAUUGUUCCUGAAGACGACCCCCAGAACGCCAUUGUCAGCUCUUCUGCAGACGCCUGCCAUGCAGACCUGCUCAGGACCAUAAGUGCUGCUCUGGGGAGGCCAGUGCCCAACCUGCUUCCAUCUGGAGCUGACUUUUUUGGGUUUUCUCAUCCAACCAUCCACAACCUGAUCCAGAGUUGUCCGGGAGCUCGAAAAUGCGUCAAUUACCAGUGGGUGAAGUUUGAUGUGUGCAAACCUGGGGACGGGCCACCGCCUGAAGGACAGCUGGAGAACGACGCAGCUACGAGCUUUGAAGCCUUUCAGAGACACACCUUCGAUGAAGAUCACAGUGAUCCCAUUCUGCAAGGAUCUUUGGACCUCCCGGAGCUUCAGCCUGCAGCCUUUGUGUCUUCUUACCAACCCAUGUUCUUGACACACGAACCCUUGGUAGAUGCUCAGCUGCAGCACUUGAAGUCUCCUUCGCAGCGUAGCCCAACUCAGUCUUCAGACUGAACAAGAAGGGAUCAGAUACCACCUCAUUUUCACCAUGAUGAAUGGAUUAACUUAGACUAAAGUUUAAGACCAUAUAGAAGAAGGCAGCAACUCGGGAGUGAAGAAGAUAGUAAAUUAACGCAUUUUGUCAUGGAAGUUCCCAUGGUGACAGCUUUCCUGGGAAAAACUUCAGCUGCUUUAUUUUUAGUAAUAAAUUUCUGUUGACAGUUCUGCUUA